AAGAAUAAGGGGGUGUAACCUGUCAGUUACAAGUUUGACAUAUGUCAGAUGAUUGUCAAAAUGUUUUGAUAUUUUCUUAAGCGUAGUUCAAAUAAUUUGAAAUGUUUAAUAAUUUAAAAUAAAGCUGUUUUUUUAUAAUUUCUUUCCUUAGCAUGGAAGUCGAGUUCCCUUCUAUAGAUCCCAAUGAGGAUUUAACCCAGAUUUUGCCCAUUCAACAGAAACGUACUAUAGCGUUUGUUAAUCAUUUCAUAAUGAACACAGUGUCGCAUUUAAAUAAUUUCGCACAGUCGUGUGAGUCCCGGUUCAUGGAAUUCGAUUAUAAAAUUCAGAAGAUUGAAGCUUCCCUUUCUAUAUUGGAGUCACAAUUGUCAUCAAUAUCUGGUUUGGAUAAUGUAGAAAGCAAAAAAGAUAAUUUAGACCAUGUCGAUAAUAGUUCCCAAAAUGUUGUCGAAGUAGAAUUGCCCGAGAUCAAGCAGCAAAAAGAAGAGGAACCAACUAUUGUGGUUGAGCCAGACCCUCCUCAGAAAACUCAAGGAAUCGCAGCUAAAGAUGACCCUAGAUUUAAGAAAUUCUUUAAAAUGCUACAAUUUGGAGUGCCUGAGCCGGCUGUCAAAUUAAAAAUGAAGAAUGAAGGCAUAGAUCCAUCCAUUUUGGAAAAACCUCAUGAUGUUGUGCCAGGAUUAACGGAAGAUCUGAUACAAAAUGAGUCUGAAGAAAAAUCAGAUUGAUUCUAGACAAAUUCGUAUUUAAUAUGUUCCUAGACAGUAUUUUUAAGUAAAUUUUUAUAUCCGUACCGUUAUAAAUAAAUAUGUUUUAAAACAA